CUCAAAACAACCCUCUUCUGGAAAAGUCAACAAUCAUCUUCAUCUUCUAAAGGAUCAUCUUCCAGUACUUCUGGGAAAAUAUCAGAAAAACAAGCACAGAGUUUUAAAUAUGGGAAUUUUAAGUAUAUAAGUAUAUUAAGUGUUAAAGAAAACAAAAAGGUUCUUGAAUGUGAAUUUCAUGAAAAACCAAUUGUCUUAAAAUGUAUAGACUUAUCAAAGAAACCUAAUUGUCUGGAUGAAUUGCUGAAUGAAGUUGAAACGUAUAAAGUUCUUGCUAAACUUCAGGGUGUAUAUAUUCUAAAACUGUUAUUUUAUGGGGAUUUAGCAAAUGGAAUGAAUUUUGUUAUAGGGUUGAAUAAAAUUCAUGAUUAUAAGAUUCUUCAUAAUGAUAUUUGUGAGAAAAAUAUCCUUGUUGACGAAAAAGGAUAUAUGUAUUUGACCGAUUUUGAAAUGUCAAUUCGAAAUGAUGAUAAAGAGUUAUUUAGUAAAGAGAAGUGUGAGUUAUCCUAUUUAUUAGACUGCUAUAUGUAA